GCUGCUAAGUGGGUUGCGUGGGGGUCCAUUUACUGACCCUGCUCGCCGCGUUGACCUUAGCGCCCGAGGCAACCGAGGGACGGUUCGCGCGACGCUUUCCGUCCGAUUUCCGGUUCGGUGUGGGUACGUCCGCGUACCAGAUCGAGGGCGGCUGGAAUGCGAGUGGCAAAGGCGAAUCGAUCUGGGACCGUAUGACCCACCAGCAUCCGGAAAAAAUUGCCGACCGCAGCAGUGGCGACGUCAGCUCGGACAGCUAUCACAAUUGGCGAAGAGAUGUCCAGAUGGUGCGCGAGCUGGGUGUGGACGUUUAUCGGUUCUCCCUGUCCUGGCCACGCAUCAUGCCGACCGGGUUCGUGAACAGUGUCAGCAAGGUCGGAAUCCGGUACUACAGCAACUUAAUCGACGAGCUGCUGCGGCACAACAUCACCCCGAUGGUGACGUUGUACCACUGGGACUUGCCACACCGCUUCCAGGAGCUCGGUGGCUGGACUAACCCGGAGCUGAUCGAGUACUUCCGGGACUACGCGAAGGUGGCGUUCGAGCAGUUCGGCGAUCGGGUGAAGAUCUGGACGACGAUCAACGAACCGUGGCACGUGUGCGAACACGGUUACGGCGUAGACUUUAUGGCGCCCGCCAUCGACUACCCGGGCAUCGCUUCAUAUCUGUGCGGCCACAAUCUCCUGAAGGCGCACGCCGAAACGGUACACAUGUACCGACGCAUUUUCCAGCCCAAACAGCAGGGCAAGAUUGGGAUCACGCUCGACACCUCGUGGCCGGAGCCGGCCUCCAACUCGGACGAGGAUCGUGCGGCGUCAGAAAUGGCGGCCCAAUUUUACCUUGGUUGGUUCGGACAUCCCAUCUUUUCGGCCACCGGAAACUACCCGCAGCUGAUGAUCGAUCGAAUCGGGGCGAUGAGCCGACAGCAGGGCUUCGUCAGGUCGCGGCUUCCCACCUUCACGCCGGACGAGAUCGAGCGCAUCAAGGGCACGGCGGACUUCUUCGGCAUCAACUCGUACACCAGCAUCUUGGUGCGCAAGAAUGAUCGCAACAAUUCGGCCAACUACCCGGUGCCGUCGUUCAACCACGACAUGGGCGUGGUGGAGUCGGCCGAUCCGGACUGGCCCUCCAGUGGCUCCGUCUGGUUGCACGUGGUACCGUCCGGAAUGUCCAAGCUGCUGAACUGGAUCCGUCGGGAGUACGGCAACCCGGUGGUAUACGUUACCGAAAACGGGGUGAGCGAUCGUGGGGGUACUAAUGAUCUGGGCCGUAUCGAUUACUUCAACUCGUACCUCGAGGCCGUGCUCGAUGCGUUGGAGGAUGGCUGCAAGGUGGAAAUGUACAUCGCGUGGAGCCUCAUGGAUAGCUACGAGUGGAAGGCGGGCUAUACUGAAAAGUUCGGACUGUAUCACGUGGACUUCAGUAGCCCAAAUCGAACCCGCACACCGAAGGCGUCGGCCAAAGUGUACGCCAACAUUGUCCGGACGCAUCAGAUCGAUUGGAGCUUCCGGCCGAGCCCAGAGGUGAUGAUCCUGCCCCCGUCGCCGUACCAAUCCGGUGGCGAGCGGCUGAGCAUACGGGUGCCGGUAAUCUGUCUGCUGGUGGCCUCCAUCGCUGCACUAGUCAAAGCCCUGCUCUGCUGAUGCUCAACCGCGCCCCGAUAACGGGAGUCCCGAUACGCCUUUGCCGUCCUACCUGUAAGAGAUUUAUUUAUAAAUGCUCCCCCGCCCCGAAUGGGGGAGCUUGUCCACUGUGUGUGAGAUAGGCUAGAUAGGCUUAGAUCUAGAUUCGUGUCGUUCGUCUUGACAAACGCCAUCAAUAAAAAAAAAUCAUGAAAGUAUU